AUGCGGGCCGAGCUCUGGCUCCUCGUGCUGGUGCUCAGGGAGGCUGCCCGGGGGCUGAGCCCCCAGCCCGGAGCAGGUCAGGAUGCAGGCCGAGGCUCUGGAGGGGCCGUCCAGGGGCCCACCAUGCAGGGCUGGAAUCGGAGAGCCCAAGAGAUCCCUGGCCAGGUGUCGGAGCCAGACAGGACUCAGCUGAGCCAGGACCUGGGUGGGGGCACCCUGGCCAUUGACACACUGCCGGAUAACGAGACCAGGGUGGUGGAGGACAACCACAGCUACUACGUGUCCCGUCUCUAUGGUCCCAGCGAGCCCCGCAGCCGGGAGUUGUGGGUGGACGUGGCCAAGGCCAACCAGAGCCAAGUGAAAGUUCACCGAAUCCUCUCCAACACCCACCGGCAGGCUUCGAGAGUGGUCUUGUCCUUUGAUUUCCCUUUCUACGGGCAUCCUCUGCGACAGAUCACCAUAGCAACUGGAGGCUUCAUCUUCAUGGGUGAUGUGGUCCAUCGGAUGCUCACGGCUACUCAGUAUGUGGCUCCUCUGAUGGCCAACUUCAACCCUGGCUGCUCCGACAACUCCACAGUUGCUUACUUUGACAAUGGGACAGUCUUUGUUGUUCAGUGGGACCACGUCUACCUCCAGGACCGGGAGGACAGGGGCAGCUUCACCUUCCAGGCAGCUCUGCAUCAAGAUGGCCGCAUUGUAUUUGGCUACAAAGAGAUCCCUAUGUCUGUCCUGGAAAUCAGCUCGUCCCAGCACCCCGUCAAAGCAGGCCUGUCAGAUGCCUUCAUGAUUCUCAAUCCAUCCCCGGAAGUACCAGAAUCUCGGCGAAGGACCAUCUUCGAAUACCACCGUGUGGAGCUGGACCCCAGCAAGGUCACCAGCACAUCUGCCGUGGAGUUCACCCCAUUACCAACCUGCCUGCAGCAUCGGAGCUGUGACACCUGCAUGUCCUCAGACCUGAUCUUCAACUGCAGCUGGUGCCAUGUCCUCCAGAGAUGCUCCAGUGGCUUUGACCGCUACCGCCAAGAGUGGCUGUCCUAUGGCUGUGCCCAGGAGGCAGAGGGCAGGACGUGUGAGGACUUCCAGGACGAGGACUCCUUCUCGUCCUCCCCCAACAGCUCCUUCAGCCCCUUUGACGGAGACCUCACCACCACCUCCUCUUCCCUCUUCGUGGACAGCCUCACCACGGAAGAUGACACCAAGUUGAAUCCCUAUGCAGAAGGAGAGGGCCUUCAGAACAACCUGUCCCCCAAGACAAAGGGCCCCCCCUUGCACCUGGGCACCAUCGUGGGCAUCGUGCUGGCCAUCCUCCUCUUGGCGGCCAUCAUCCUGGCCGGGAUCUAUAUCAAUGGCCACCCCACCUCCAACGCUGCGCUCUUCUUCAUCGAGCGGAGACCUCGGAGACCUCGCCGCUGGCCGGCCAUGAAGUUCCGCAGCCACCUUAACCACUCCACCUACACAGAAGUUGAGCCCUCAGGCCACGAGAAAGAGGGCUUCGUGGAGGCCGAACAAUGCUGA